AUGUCGUUGAGCAGUAGUCAAGGCCGGGCAACGCCGGCGGACUUAUCGUCGAAGCGAAGCAGUCGAAAGGAGCUGAUCGACAACUCUCUUUAUCCUCCUUUUCUGAAGCAGAUGGAUGCAAAACUGCCCGGGUACGUUCGAGAAGGUGAUAUAGAGUAUCCAUUCGAGGAGACUAAUGGAGUAGGUGACGAAAAUCGCAUCCGCGGUAAUUGGAGCACAAAAACGGACUACAUGUUGGCGGCAGUGGGAUUCACUUUUGGCAUAGGGAAUCUUUGGCGAUUUCCAUUUCUGAUUUUUCAAUAUGGAGGUGUGGCAUUUUUUAUUCCUUACUUGAUAGUGCUAGUAUUAGCUGCGCUUCCUAUGUUCUUCAUGGAAAUAGUACUCGGACAAUUUUCUUCGUUAGCUGCGAUAUCCGUUUGGAAUGUGGUUCCGCUAUUCAAAGGCGUUGGUGUAGCUAUGGUGCUUAUAUCAUGCGUCAUAGCGAUUUAUUUGAAUAUCGUUUCCGCGUGGUCUUUAUUCUAUUUCAUCAAUUCUAUCAGUUUUUCGUUACCUUGGUCGAACUGUGAAAACUCUUGGAGUGGACUAAACUGCUCUCUUGGCACACGUAUCUCUUGUACUGAAGCAAAUGGUACCCUUCUUCUGAAUGGAUCGUGUAUUAUACAGGUUAUUUUAGUACUACUGUCACUUUUUUAA